AUGGCUUCAAAUGCUACCUUGGUAGGAUCCAUACCUGAAGUGAUUGACAGCGACAAGCAGAAAAAGUCAAUCUUUCAGCGUCUGGUGCCUUCGUCAUAUUCUGUGGAGAGACGUCUCUUGUUCAAAAUUGACGUGUCGGUCCUCAUAUUUGCUUCGCUGGGAUAUUUCAUCAAGAAUUUGGACCAAAGCAAUGUGUCCAGUGCAUACUUUGCUGGAAUGCGUGAAGACUUAUCAAUGUACGGGAACCAACUUGUGCACCUCUCCUCCUGCUGGGCUGCUGGUUAUGUUGUUGGCCAAGUGCCAUCGAACUUACUUCUCACAAGGGUGUCUCCCCGCUACGUCAUUCCUGUUCUCGAGCUCGCGUGGGGCCUAGCUACCCUAGGAACCUUUGCAGUGAAGAAUGUUCACCAACUCUUUGCUAUCAGAUUUCUAGUCGGUCUGUUUGAAAGCGGAUUCUAUCCCGGUAUGCACUUCAUUCUCGGUUCAUGGUAUACUCCCCGUGAGCUGGCCAAGAGAGCUGUUGCUUUCGGUAUCGCCGGUACAAUUGGAUCAGCGUCCUCUAGUUUCCUGCAAGUUGCCACCUACAAGACUUUGAACGGAGUACAUGGGCUGGCCGGGUGGCGAUGGUUGAUGAUUAUAGAUGCCUCCAUCACAUUCCCUAUUGCGCUUCUCGGAUUCUUUUGUCUUCCAGAUCUUCCUUACAAUGCGAAACCUACCAUCGUCCUCAAUCAGGACGACAUAGCUCUGGCGUGCGAUAGAAUGAGGGCUAUAGGUCGCAAGGAGACUGAACCGUGGUCACGAGAAAAGCUGCGUCGCAUCUUCAGCUCCUGGUAUAUCUGGAUCUUACCCAUUGAAUACGUUCUGUGUGCCAACGGUGGUAUCUCAUCACCCCUACAAUACUGGCUGAAGAGCUUCAACUCGCAUCCUCCGCCGGUUCCUGGGAAGCACUUUAGCGUCACCCAGAUUCAGCUACUCCCGCACCCGGCAACCGUAAUCGGCAUCAUCUGCGCCUUCACGUUUGCUUGCAUAAGUGAUGGCCCCUUAAAGGGGCGCAGAUAUCCGAUUGUUUAUUACAGCGCCAUGAUACACCUCAUUUUGAACACCGUUUGGCUUUCGAUGCCGUUAUACAAGAACAUUCCCGCUCAUUUCGCCUAUUUCUAUUUGACGGCAAUCAGCGGGCCUGCUGGGGCGCUGAUCCUGAACUGGAUCACCGAAAUCACUGGGGUGGAUACCGAACUCAGAGCACUCUGCAUAGCACUCUCGAAUGACCUUGCAACUGUGGUUGGAGCAAUUGCUCCCAAUUUUGUCUGGAAAACCACCGACUUUCCUCGGGCGGAAAAGGGUUAUCACUAUUCGCUUGGUAUGUCUUAG